UGGCCAAAAAAUCAUUCUCUUUAAUAUGAGUAGUUUUAACAGAUGGUUUGAUAUUUUAUCUAUUUUAAUCAAAUUUGCAAUAUUUGCUAAUCUCUGUAAUUUUUUAAAUGUAAACGCUCUUGUUGGACAAAAUGUUCGACCAGCGGAAGAGCAUGAAUUUCCUUACGUCGUUGCAAUAAUGAAAGUUCCCAAACGAGGUCCUCAACUUCCAAAACAUGAAAUCUGCACAGGAACGCUAAUCUCACUACAAGAUGUUUUAACUGCCGAGCACUGUAUAGUAGAUUAUUGUCCAUUAGGCAUCGAAAUAAUCGUUGAUUCUAUCGAUUUAUUACUUGGUAAAAAAUACUUUCCAUUAUGGUGGAUGACUUAUAAUCAAUGGGCUACAAAUAAUAAUAUGAGACUCGUAUUGUCAGCAAAUGAUAUUGCAAUCAUUAAGCUAACCGAUAAUGUACCUAAUCAUAUUAGAUUGGCAAUUAUUGCAACAACUUUUGAGAAAAGUAUGUUUGGAUCAAAUGUUCAAAUAAUGGGCUGGGGUAAGACAAACGAUGGUUGUAUCCCUAGAAACUUGCAAACUGCCACUUUAAAACUUAUAACAAACAAGGUAUGCCAAAAUAUAAUAUUAAGAUUGACCGGAGAUAAUCAUCUAAUACACAAAAGACGCUUGUGUACAGUUUCAGAGCCAUAUAUAUUAAUGGAUAGUGAUAACCCCAAGGAUCAAUGA